GUCGACUCCAGAAGAAACAACCACCAUUCAACCCUUUACAAUUCGUCAUAUCAGUGACUUUCCAGAUCUCUCCACUACCUCUACUGCGACAUCAUACCCCAGAGACAAUGUCAGCAGCAGCACCUCCCUUCCAAUUCCCCUCCACCUACUCCUUCCCACCCUUCUUCACCCCGCAACCCAACAGCGCAACGCGCACCUCCCAGUUGCAAAAAUGGUCCGCCCUGGUCCAGUCCUGGUGUCGUCAUCACCGCACCUACCGCUUGACGCUGAGCGACGCCAUUGAGAGUCCUCUAUUUUACAACGCGGCGCUGAGGAAACGGCUGUCCAUGAAAGAUGCGCGGGAUGUGCUGGAUUGGAUGACCAAGGAGGAGGAGGAAGGCGGCGGGGGGCAGCGGGCGGAGUGGCUGGACGGGAGCAGCAAGAACGUGGCUCGCAUCUGGUGGAAGAGGCCUGAGGAAUGGGCAGGAAUCGUGGCUGACUGGGUGGAGAAUACGGGGCAGAAGAACGUGGUUCUGACGGUGUAUGAGCUGGUAGAGGGUGAGGGGACAAUGUCACAAGAAUGGCAUGGUAUGGAUACGGACGUGAUGCUCAAGUGUCUCAAUGUUCUUGUAAAACGAGGCAAGGCACAGGUAUUCGGCGGUGACGGCCAAGAAGGUGUCAAAUUCUUCUGAACAUGUCCUCUCCUCUGUCCCGAAUAUCCGGACAAAUCGAUUGUAGGUACAACAAGCUAUUUUCAUGCAAAAUAUCCCGACCUACUUACUGUCGCGAAAUCUCGACCAUUUCUUCACUCAGCUCGUACUCUUCCACCGCAUGGAGCUUCUGAGACAUGGCCAUAUCCAGAAG